AGGAAACACAAAUAUUAAUGAUGUCAUCAUUCCCAUUGGUCUCCUUUCUCAUCACUCUCAUGUUGGCUGCAGCUGUAUGCACCCACGGACAAGAAUUUGUGCUGGACACCGACAACAAUAUAGUUCUAACGACAGCACAAUACCAGAUCCAACCGUACUCCCACAGUAGUAACGGAGGUGGUCUUCUCCCAGUCCCCGUUAAACUAUUUCCCCUUUGUCCACUGGGCGUCAGCCAAUCCUCGAUUACAGCCUUACCAGGCCUACCGGUUAGCUUCUCACAUCCAUACGCGCUCAUGGAACACCGUGUUGAAGAAAAGAUAGCAUUAAACAUCGAGUUUAAGUGGUACGAAUGGCCAGGCUGCGAGGAGUUUUCCAAGUUAUGGAAAGUCGAUGAAUCCUCAUCGGCUUCCAAGGAGCCUGCGAUACUCACCGGUGGUAAGAAGCGCGAACGAAACAGCUGGUUUAAAAUUGAGAGAAAAGAACCUUUGUACGGAGGAAAUGCUUACAAGUUGACUACCUUAACCGGAACCAUUGGAACCGCCCCAGGGCAUUGGGACAAAGCACCACAACUAGUUCUCACCAAUGAUACUGCGAAGACCUUUCUCGUCAAAUUCCACAAGGUUAAUGGUGAUACUACGGCUGUUACUUCUACUUCACGUCAGGAGAAAUUAGGUCUAAGGAUGUUCCCAUUCUACUAGUCAACAAUCUGAUAAUCCUGGAAUGUACCUGGCCCAGCUAAAAUGAUGGGUUGAGAUAAUACCCUCGUGCAUGUACCUGAAUUUCCAUAAUCAAAUAAAAUUAUGUUUGCCAACGUUUUAUAUAUAA